GUUGACGGCAGUCUUGGUAGCCAGCAUCAACGCAUUACAUGACCAAGCCCAAAUCAAACCCGUUCAGUUGGAACACUCGGGUCCCGGAAUUUCACCAAAACCCUAAACCCUAGAAUCUGGAAUCCAAACCAAUUUCUAUUCCACAAUUACACCAAAACCCUAAACCCAGGUAUGCAACUCGCAAAUCGGCUUGUCUAUUUACUCGGAAGCUCAAAUCGGAAACCCGAUGAAUUUAGGGGUUUCACGCAAUUCACAGCAUCAAUCUCAAGCCUUAAAGUAGCAUGGCGCAAGGACUCAAAGCUAGACCAAGCAAUCGAAAACGACAAAAAAUGGAAGCAUUGUGCAAGAGUUGUUAAAGAAGUGCUAAACGAACCGGGUCAGGUAAUUCCUCUUCACUAUUUGGAGAAACGACGCGAAAGAUUGCGGUUGCCCGUAAAAAUCAAAACUUUUCUUUAUUUGAACCCCGGGUUAUUCGAUACUUACAUGGAUCGGGUCAGGCCUAAAUCCGAUCCGGUCACGUUCAUUCGGGCAAGCGAUAGAUUAAGGCAAUUCUUGGAAGAGGAGAGUAGGAUUUAUGUAAAAAAUGAAAACUUUUUGGUUUCUAAGUUAUGCAAACUUCUAAUGAUGUCUAAGGAUAAUGUUGUAAGUGCAGAUAAAUUAGUACAGGUGAAGAGGGAAUUCGGGUUCCCGAAUGAUUUUUUGGUAAAUUUGGUGCCAAAAUAUCCGGAAUAUUUUAACUUAAUUGGUGAACCUGGGGAGGGAAAAUCAUUUUUACAAUUGGUUACAUGGAACCCGGAGUUUGCGAAGUCGGUGAUUGAGCUAAGAGCUGAGGAAGAAUCAAGGUUAACAGGGAUCAGAACUAGGCCAGCAUUUAACUGGAAACUUCCUCCGGGCUUUUUCAUUAGGAAGGAAGUGAGAGAGUGGAUUCGAGAUUGGAUGGAGCUUCCUUAUAUAUCACCCUACAAUGAUGCAUCACAUUUGGAUCAAUCUUCACGAGAGAUGGAGAAGAGGACUGUGGGGGUUUUCCACGAGUUGCUAUCGCUUUCUAUUUAUAAGAGGGUUCCUAUCGACAUUUUGGGGAAGUUUAGUGACGAAUAUAGGUUCUCAAACGCAUUCUCAAAUGUUUUUACUAGGCAUUCGGGGAUAUUUUAUAUGUCGUUGAAGUGUGGGAUUAAAACUGCAAUGCUUAGGGAAGCAUACAAGGAUAGUGAGCUGAUUGAUCUAGACCCACUUCUUGAGAUUAAAGACAAAUUUCUCGAGUUACUUGCUGAGGGCCACAAGCAGAAAGCUGAGCGAUUGAGAUUGCAAAGAGAGAUGGUUCAGAAGGACAUGAAAAUGAUGGCAGUUAGCAAUAAUGGACUAGACUAUCAUAAAUACGAGGAGGAGCUUCUGGACGAGGAGGAAGAUGCCGAGCUGUCAACACUAACAUCAUCUUGAAAGUGAAGUUGGGUGUAAAUACAAAAUGGCUAGUGAUGUUAGAACAAAGGAGUCUUCAUUUCCUGGAUCUCAGUGAGGGAAUAUUCAUUUUGAAGAUGCUACAUUUCAGAGAGGAUUUCUUCUGACAAAAGAACCAAAAGAUGCUGUUCAUAUGAUUCAGUUGUUUGUACCAACUCGUUCGUUUUCUCUGCAAACUUCUACUUCCCUCAUAGCAAGGGUUACGUCACUUUGGGUUUCAGCACAUGCUUCUGCAAAUUCUUGUUUUCUUUGUGACUUUGACUAGCAAAACAGAGAGUUGAGAGUUCCGGGUAGUUAUUCACUGCUCAUUGCAACUUGCAAAUUAGCAGAGCACUUAUGCUUUUAGUAGACACUGUUUUUGCAAAGCAGCUGUGUCUUUUCAAAAAUUUUGGGACAAAGAUAUUAUUGUUGAGAAACCCAGCUUCACAAAUAUGGAUGGACAUUCUUAGUUUAAAAUUAAUUGCUUCAUAUGAGAAUUUAAUUUCAACCUGAAUAUCUCCUUUUCUUUUUCUUUCUGAAAAGGAGUUCAAGCUGACAAUCUAUUCUCGACAUAUUUUGAGACCAACAGAGUCUUAAUUUUAUAAACCUUCUUGGCAUGCAUCUCUCUCUUUCCCCACACUCCCAUACCCUGAUGUCUCUUGUUUCUACUCUUCUUUGUUCCCCUUCCAUUAUCUAAGGGCUGUAAGAGUUGCUGAUAUGAUGGUUUUGAAUGAAAUGAUGAGAACUUAACCAUCUUUCUUCUUAUGCCCUAUAACGGAGGAUAAUCCUGCCUUAUCCGUUGGUUACAUUUUAUUCCUUCUUCUUAUUGUUAAGGCAUCUGUAGUUCAAUGUCGAUAGCUGCAUUAGAAGGGAGAUUUGAGCAUCAAGGAUGAAGAAUUCAUAAUAAAUUCGAGUAAUAUGGAUUAUGCUAUUCUGUGGUCGACCUGCAAUUAUAACGUGCCUUGUAAACGAGGUGUCAGCCUCGCAUAAACUCAGUUCAUAAUGAGAGAUGAUGACUACCAAACGCCAAUCCUGGAAGUGGAGCUAAUCUGAUGUGAUAAAAUCAUUGAUCAUACCAAAUUAGCAAAAUUGCUGAAGAUUGCAGUUUCUCAAUAAUAAUUGCACUUGUGGACUGCUCCAUAGGGCAUGACAGGGGAGCACAUGCUAAUUAUCUAGCCAAUUGGUGAUUGAACGGAUGAAAGAGGUGGACAAUACGAUGACCGGACAAUAGUUAUGUUUCGUGGAGCAAGGGACGUGGUUGGAAACUUAUGGGCCUAAUGAUAACUGCAGGGGAUGUUUAAUGUGAUGUAAAUUUUCAGUAUAAGCAUCAUGCAGACCGAGAACAGGCUACAGAUGCUAAUUUCUUUGUAAGAUAAGUCUGGUGCAAUGGAGUUAAUCAUGAUCAGUAUAUAUUCAUCUUCCUUUCCUGAAAUUCCGAGCACCUUCCCUUAUGCCAAAAAAAAAAUAGUAAGGGACAGGGAAAUGGUAUAGUUUGUACUUUGUACUAAUCUUUGACACUAGUGUGACUUUGUUCCCUCUAGUUUGGUUAAUAUUCGGAUCUCCCUCUAUUUGGGAUUGAGGCG